AUGAUCAUAUAUGCUUCUAAGUUUGGAAAGUUGAAUAAUUACCAUAAUACUAUUACAAAACAAAUCUAUAAAGAGCAAGGUUUGAAAAUGAAAUCAACAUAUAAUCUAACAAUUUAUUCUUUUUUGUUGCAUUGA